CAGACCAUUGUGUCCAGUGGUAGGCCUUCAGUGCGGGAAGGGGCGGCCUCAGGCUCCCCUCCCCCAGCCCUCACAUCUGGUGGGCUGGCCCCAGCGCAGCUGGGAGGAGCAGCUGUGGUCUGCGCUGAGGCUGAGCCUCUGCCUCGUGACUGGCCUCUGGGGGUGGGGUGUCCCUUUCUGAAAGCAGUGGAGAAUGCAGCGCAACGAGGAGGCUCCAGUCUUGGGCUGCAUUUGGGGCCUCGGCUAGUCACUGAACUUCUGUGGGACUCAGUGGAAGGCUAGAGUGUGUCUAACCUGCCCCUCUGGGGACCAGCCAUUCCGAGUCCUCCCUUCUGCCACUAGAGGCCAGUUUAAUUCUGUGCAGUUCUUCAAGGCCGUUUCACUGGAGUCCAAGAAGGACAUUCCAAAACUGUGUAAUGAGAGAGAUGAAAGUGUUGACUUUGGAGAAGGAGGACAACCAGACUUUUGGCUUUGAGAUUCAGACUUAUGGGCUUCACCACCGAGAGGAGCAGCGUGUGGAGAUGGUGACUUUUGUCUGCCGAGUUCAUGAAUCCAGCCCCGCGCAGCUGGCUGGGCUCACACCAGGGGACACCAUCGCCAGUGUCAAUGGCCUGAACGUGGAAGGCAUCCGGCAUCGGGAGAUCGUUGACAUCAUCAAGGCAUCAGGCAAUGUUCUCAGACUGGAGACCGUGUAUGGGACCUCCAUUCGGAAGGCAGAACUGGAGGCCCGACUGCAGUACCUGAAGCAAACCCUGUAUGAGAAGUGGGGAGAGUACAGGUCCCUCAUGGUUCAGGAGCAGCGGCUGGUGCAUGGCCUGGUGGUGAAGGACCCGAGCAUCUACGACACGCUGGAGUCGGUGCGCUCCUGCCUCUACGGGGCGGGCCUGCUCCCGGGCUCGCUGCCCUUUGGGCCUCUACUGGCUGCGCCCGGAGGUCCCCGCGGGGGCGCCCAAAAGGCCCGGGGUGACGCAGAUGACGCCGUCUACCACACCUGCUUCUUCCGGGGCGCAGAGCCGCCCGCGCUGCUGCCGCCCCCGCUGCCUCCCGCGCGGGGGCGCCCCGGGCGCGCUCUGGACUGAGGCCCGCGAGCAAGCGCUGUGCGGCCCGGGCCUGCGCAAGACCAAGUACCGCAGCUUCCGCCGGCGGCUGCUCAAGUUCAUCCCCGGACUCAACCGCUCCCUGGAAGAGGAGGAGAGCCAGCUGUAGGGGCGGGUGGGCAGGGAGGUAUUUAUUUAUUUAUUCCUGACAGCCAGGGCAAAGAAUGUGGGCGCCCAGAGCAGCGGGAGAGGCUGCCGGCCGGUCCUGGCCAACUACUUGUCGGCUGGUCUCCGCCAGCGGGGCACAGCAGGGCGCCCAGAGUGGUCCUCUCCGCCUGAACGCAGGGCGCUGGGGCUGGGGGAAGACAGGCAGUCGGGCUUGGGAGAGGCCUGGGGGCCAGAUGGGCGUGCAGUGCUAGUCUGGGUCAGUAGUGCCUUGGCGUCCAGGAAAACCCCCCUGGGUGGGGACCCUGUCCCACUAAGCCCUCCUCCUCAGCUUUCCUAGCUCCCCCACCCCUAGCCUCGGGGAAAGUGGCCCACUGCGGUGGGUCCCCACUGCACACACACAGCUCCGAAGGGCCCCAAGGGGGCAAGGUGCUGGGCCCCUCCCCCGGCCUUGACCCCUAAGGGCUUGGCCCCCCAGGGGCCUGUAACUAAGUGGGGUCCUGCUGGGCGGGGUCCUGGGUUCUGUGCCCCUUGGGGAACAGGAAUGGGCACGUUCAGGUAGGGUAGAGGCAGCGCAGACUGCCCCACCGUUUUGCAUUUGUUGCUUCUGAACCACAAACUGUAUAAAAUUGACGGUUUUUUGCA